AUGGCUCCCGCCGACGAUGCCAACGGCGACACUCGAAUCAUGUCAAAGGCGACGGCAGCGCAAGCGAUUGGCACGCAAGAGGUCAACAGCGUGCUGAACAAGGCAGUCGAUGCCGCGCACUUGCCUGCUCCAAGCUCGACGUCGAGAUUCAACGCCGAAGCUCAAGAAUGGUGGAGAUCGGCCAUCGACACGAGAGGGUCCAAACUCAAGCAGACAUGGGCGCAAACGAUGUCAGAGGAAGCCAUAGAGGUGCCUUCAGGAUGGCCGCAGGGUGUCGUCUACAUCACGCAAAACAUGGUUGCAACUUCCGUAACAGACACGGUCGCGGAAAGAUACGUCCUGUCCCCGGCCUCCUCAUCAAACAGCGAGCCGGUCGCAGGGUCGAGUAGCCGGAAGGAUCUUCCUCGAGCCACGCACAACGAAGGACGUCCAGAAACCCUCUACACGACAUCAAUACAGGAGCAAGUGCCUCUAGUGAUCCAUAGGAUCGAUCAGCAGACGGCCUGGUGUCCCGAAUCAUUCCAUUCGACCAGCCGCAAUCUCACCUGUCACCCUGCAGCUGGCUCCUUCGGUCUCUUUGCCGCAGCAGACAUGCCAUCCGACACGUUUAUUCGACCGUACCUUGGCGUGCUCCACACAAAGGCCGAUGCGGACUUCUACUCGACCUACGACCUGAGCCUGUGCCACGACUCAAGGCUGCACUCCCUCUCGCCUCGACCGGACACCACACCUCGUCCGGAUGCCGAGCGAAUCGCUGAGCAAGUCGAGAGCCUGUCAAUAGACCAAGAGCCGAAAGAUCCAACAGCGUUGUAUCUAGACAGCCGGUACUGGGGCAACGAAUCGAGGUUCGUCAACGACUACCGCGGUAUCGCUCUCAAGGCCAAUGUCGAAUUCCGCUCCUUUGUCCAGCUUUCGGAGGAUGAGGAGAGGUAUCAAAUGGGCCUGUUUGCCGUCCGACCCAUCCGAAAGGGGCAGGAGCUGGUCAUCAACUACGGUAAGAGCUUUUGGGUUCACUACGAACAGCUGGCCGAGCUCAAACGUGGCAAAACUGCAAAGGAGUCGAUACAGUCUGUGCCUGAUCGGGAACAGCGUCGUCCGGCAGUGGCGAAUGCCUCCAGUGCUCAGGCUGCAGCAGGUGCCAAGCUGGACCCGAUCCAAGCCAUGCUACAGCGAAGCCGGAUGCGCGUUUUCCGAACAGCACCAACCUCACGUCCACCCCACCAACCGCCAUCACGCACAUGA